AUGAAGAUUUCACUCAUUGCUGCACUAGUGGGGAUUGCUACUAGUGCUUUCUCCCAGACGAGCGACUAUUUUUCAAACGAAUUAGAUACUGGUUCCACAAUAUGGACCACUUAUUAUGCUGAAUCGACGAAGUUAGUGACCAUAACAUCUUGCGAAUCUAAUGUGUGCUCCACGAAAACGCAUUCAACUGGAGUCACGAAAGUUACCACCGUUACUGAAGGGGUUACAACAGUAUACACGACAUAUUGCCCGCUUACUACUUCCCAUCCAGUAGUUCCACUGUCUUCCUUGGAACUUACUUCAACUUUUGCAAGUAGCUCUGAGGCUCUGUCAUGGAGUAGCGAAGAAUGCGAGGAAGAUGAAACAUCAUCGAUUGCUUCUUCUGUUUACAUCUCGCUGUCAAUAACUGAAGCUCCAAGUGACUCAUGUGGUUCUGAGUGCUCAUCAACCAUAUCCUUGCCAAGUUCUUCCUCAUCUGCAUUGGAAAUAUCGAGUUCACUCGAAGCAAGUUCUAUCGAAAUAACAUCUAAACCGUCGAGUUCACUUGAGGAAAGCUCUAUCGAAAUCACAUCUAAACCCUCGAGCUCCUCUGAAGUUAACGAAAAUUCUUCUUAUGAGUCAACGACCACAGAAGUUGACCAUAAGACCACUAUAAUUACGAUAACAUCAUGUGAGAAUGAUAAGUGUUCAAAAACUAGCGCCAGUGCUACGCGAGGGGUUGUUACUGUAACAGUGAGUGGCGAAAUCACAUCAUACACAACUUGGUGCCCAGUGACAGCAACUCUGUCGAGUUCAGAGAUUUUCGUCUCAUCAACCUCGAGUACGGCAACUUCCCUGAGCAUUGAGACAGCUACCACAAGCACAGAGGCACUGGAGACAGUUCCUGCAACUAGUCUGACUGUUUCUAGCGCCCUCAAAAGCUCUAGUCUCUUGUCUACCUCAGUGACCCUAUCCAUUCCUACAACCAGCGAGGUCGUUUCUAAAGAUUCGUACAGCAGUUAUGUCACGUCAUCGCCAUUAACUUCUAGCGAAACAAUAAGUUUGCUGUCGUCGGUCGUUUCUACAAUGCACUCAAGCUCACUUACAAGUACAGAAACAUCUAGUAAGGCUAUCAGUACUUCAAGUCAAUUUUCAGCUUCUCUGAGCUCCUAUUUUUCAGAAGAUGAAGAAGAGUCAUCUUGUAUUGAAAGUGAAUCUUCCGAUUUUGCUACUGUUACUUCAGUAACAAGUUCGAAUAUAGAUACGUCUAUCUAUGUCACCGAGACUUCAUCAAGUGAGAGUGAUGAAGUAGAGUCCUCCUUUACUUCGUUGGAAACAGCUAGUUCUGUGGAAAGUUUGGAGACUUUAAGCGAUGUCACUGAAACGAAUACACUCACAACUGUUAUCACAGUCACCCACUGCUCAGACAAUAGAUGUUCAAAAACUACUAAGACCGCAACACCGAGUCAGGUUACUACUACAGUAAGUGGAACAGUCACAUCCUAUACGACCUGGUGUCCAUUGAGCGAAGAACUGACAACCUCUAAAAGUAGCAUUUAUGUGUCAUCUACAGGCUGGGAUACUACUGUUGCUCCUCUGACAACUAGCAAAGAAACCCCGCCUAUGAGUAGCCUGGUUGCUGAUGUUUCUGUCUCUUCCGUAGAAACAAAAGAGACUAGUGAUGCUCUGAAAAGUUCACUGCUUGAGAAAGAAACUACAAAGGAAUCUUCGACGCAAUCUAAAGAAACUAAGGUAUCAUCGAAGAUAUCAUCUACCAGAGAAUCAACAAGCGAAACUACUUCGGACCAAACUACUACAGUUAUUAUAACUGUGACUACAUGUUCGGACAACAAAUGUUCCGAGACUACUGUUCCAGCCACUCACGGCCCUACAACAGUUACGGUGAGUGGUAAAACAACUUCUUUCACUACAUGGUGUCCAAUUUCUGGAUCACUGACGUUUUCUUCUACGCUGAAUGAAGCGCCUACGGUUACACUGGAGCAAGAAAGUACUGUUGAGGUAUCUGAUUCCGUGGAUGCGCUGUCUUUCUCGUCUGAUAUUGCGCCAGAGCAAACAGCAUCUUCGGAAGCCGAAUGGACUGAAACAGCCUCUUAUGAUGAUACAACUUCAACCGAACAAAGUAGUUUGGCUAAUACUUCUAUAUCUUACACUGAUAGUAUAUCUACAGAAUCAUCAGUGAAAAAGACCACUUCACCUUACUCUACCAACGCAGAUUUAGGAACCACAGAUACCAAGGAAACGGCUGCUGAAAGUGCAAGUUGUCUCGAAAGUGACUGCGUCGCUGAGACAUAUGCACAAAGCAGCAGUGAAGUCUUUUCGUCAUACAGCGUCUUGCCAAGUUCUGUGUCAGAGUAUGAAGGAAGUGCCAAAUUACUUUCUUCUCGAGCAGGGGUUCCAGUUUUUGUACUUUCAGUUUUAUUAUUCUUCUGA